AAACCAUAUAGUUAACAAGGACAAAUAUAUGGAUACACAGGAGAUUCCAGUGGAUUGGCUGGUCUCCCAAAUGUCACAAUUGCAUUUAGAAGUUUACACACACAACUUUACUCUUAACUAUCCACUAGGGCAGGGCCAGAUAUUCAAAGGAACAAAUGUGUAUGGUAUUCUCAGAGCACCGCGCACCUCAUCAUUAGAGGCUCUAGUGUUGGCAGCACCAUUUAGAUCAUUGUCCUCAUUUCAAAAAGGCACCGAGGCCGGUAUAGCGCUGAUGUUGGCCUUUGCUGAAUUCGCUAGACCAAAAAAAUACUGGGCAAAAGACAUAAUAUUUCUAGUAACCGAGCAUGAACAAUUAGGUAUGCAAGCUUGGCUGGAAGCAUACCAUGGCUUGCAGAGUGACUCUGGAACAUUCUAUACUAAUCUCGGAAGUUUCCAAAAGCCACCUUUGAUUAAUUUCAAGAAGUUUACGAAAUCCAAAUUGAAGGACUUUAAUUGGUUUGAUCGCAGUAGAUGCCUUGAUCCUGGUACUCUAAAAGGAAGAUCGGGAGCCAUACAAGCCGCUAUUAAUCUUGAGUUUCAUACGCCUAAGAUACGUUAUGUUGAGGUGAAAGUUGAAGGUUUGAAUGGUCAGCUGCCGAACUUGGAUCUAGUCAACUUGGUGCACAAACUGUGUGUGAAGUCAGGGAUACAUCACUCAUAUAAGAACAGCUACUCGUGGCUUCGCAAGGGUCGAGGAACCAGCACCUGGCGUGACGGAGUGUCGACAAUGCUCGGCAUGGUGACAGCGCAGAUAGCUGGGGUACCAAACGGCAAUCAUGGACUAUUCCAUCGCUUUGGCAUCGAAGCGGUGACGCUGGAGGGUCGAGACGUUGAUGACAUAUCUGGGGCUGCGCCCCGCGCUAGUACUCUGCCCCCUGCUAACUUCCACCGACUAGGAACGGCUCUAGAGAGCAUCUACCGUUCGCUAAACAACCUGCUUGAGAGUUUCCACCAGAGCUAUUUUUUCUACAUGUUGGCUGCUACCGACCGCUUCGUGUCUAUCGGUCAGUAUAUGCCUUCUUUAUGUCUAUUAUGCGGGGCAAUGCUACUUCGUGCUCUGUCGUUGUGGGUGUCUGUACAGAAAGAUCCUAAUGACGAUAAAAUAAAGAAAGAUUCAGAAGAUAAUAAAGAUUCAUUGAGUUCAGAACAGAAAAACGAAGAAGAAAUUGAAAAUGAACUAAACGAAUCGAAGAUAGACGACUCGGAAAGAUUAGUGAAAGAUACGGAAGGAAAAGUUGAAUCGAAAGGUAAAGUGCCGGACGAAAUUCAGGAAGACAAGGAAAUAAAGAAGAGAGAAGUGGAUGUAAAACCAAAUGAUACAGAUACAAAAAGUGGAUCGGAUGAUAUCGAUUUGAGUAUAGUUAAUAUUGGAGCUAAUUUCCUGAUUGUUCACCUAAUUGGCUACGGUGCGAUGAAUUCACCGUUCUUUUUCAGUUACAUUGGGGCUAAAUAUUUGGAAGUACACCCUGAGACCUCGGUAUACUACGGUCUGACAGUCACCUCAGCAUUAGUAGCUGUACUGUCGCCAUUCCUCCUGCGGGUGUUCCGUACGGUUCCCAUCAGCAAUGAUGAGCUUUCCGUCAUCAGUAUUCUUCUGUUGCUGGAGAUGGCAACAGCGUGUCUGUGUAUCGGAAUGAAUAAUUUCUCGCUGGGUUUCGCAUUAGCCGUGGUGUACACCCCAUUAAUGUUGGUCGUGGGCGUUAAUGGAGAGAACAGGCUGGUGAUAUUCGUGAAGCGAGCGUUGUGUGUGUUGGUACACCCUCUGGUGGCGCUCACAGUGGCCCUGUCGCUGUACUCGCGAGUGCUGUACCCCGAGGAGGACAUCCUCGGCAUGGCGAAACGCGGCCGCGAAGCAACCAUACAAGCGGUCAUGUUCGCCGUAGCAGACUCUAUGAUAUAUGGCAACUGGCUGUUCAAUGUUGCCACUUCAGUUAUCUUCCCCACUUGGAUCGUGUCGUGGCAAAUUUUAUGUACAACAGUGAGAAAAUAAAGUUUUGAGCUUUAUUUUCUGAGCGCCUACGAUUUAAAAUGGACUAAAUGAAUUAUAUUUAUUGAGUUCUCGUUAAUAUUAUCGCAUUCUUUCUAAUUAUGAUCGCACGGGUAUUAUAUUUAUAUUACACACAAAUGUAUUAUUCGUGUAAGACUUUGCAAUGAGAACAAGGAUUUAACUUAUUUAUAUUUGGUACAAUAUUUAGAGACUGAGGUACUAAAGUUUAAUUUACUUUCGAGUUAGUUUUUAUUUAGAUAAAAUAAAAAUGCAUUAAACAUUUGAGAUUUUUUUCAGCGGUUGUAUAAUCUUAGUACCUUAUAUAAAUCGUACAGCGGGCGUCCACAGUAUAUAGAGGUGAGUGAUAAAUUAUGUUAUGUUGAAAAAAUCACCGUGAUCUGCCGUUCUGGCAUGUCGUAGUGAUCUAUCGCAAACACUGACCUCUACUAUAUACCACUGAACUAGCGACGGUCAAAGUGCUUUUGUGCCUGUUUGAUAUUCGCCAUUUUGGCGCUGUUGGCCAUGUAACGAGAGUCUGCGGUACUAAAACUAGUGAUGACAACCUUAGCAAACAUCGAUAUGGAAUCUAUUUACAAAAAUAAAUUCGUACUUUAUUACGUUGAUUCUUGAUGUAUAAAUAACACGGAAAACGAACGAAAUUAAUUCAGAAUGCAAAAAUACUUCAGAGUAUUGUAUGUUCCUUCGCAGCCAUUUGUAUUAUACCUCAAAAUCUGUUCCCUAGACGCUCGCGGGUGGCGCUUUAAACAGGCACAAAAAUUUUGCUGUCAAACAUAUGGAACACCCUGUUCAGUGGUAUUUAGACAGGUCAUUGAUCGCAGAGUAAGAACGUUCCGGAAGUCACUGUCAGUGUUACGCGUCAUAUGUCAGUGUAUUGAACCUGUACUCUGACUUAUUGAGAUCGUAACAAUAAUAAUAUGAAGUGCAUAAACCUUACUAAAAGGCCGGCAACGCUCCUGUAAUUUCUCUGCUGUUGCAAGAGAAUGUGCAGCACCUUACGGUGAUCACCGCCGCCCACAUUCUCCAUUAAAAAAUCUCAUUCCAUUAAAAAAUAUUCAAAGAUGGAUUACGCACGUAAACCAUCUUAUAACCAAAAUAAAGGUAACAACUUGGUGAGGGAGUAGUGUGCCGUACGGCACUCUCGGUUUUGGGGUAUCUGAAAAAAUCUAGUGCCUGGAGCACUGCCGAUUUCGGCAGGUUCAUGUACCUACAUAUCCAUCGGAGGAGAUAGGAGUAAAAUCCUACAUAAUAUUAUUUUGUUUUACUAAAAUAUAAAUUUACCAAGAAUCCUAAUAUGUUAUUGCAUUCCCCUCUAUAUGUUAGGUAUAAUUUAUUUUUACCAGAUAAUUUUUUUCCAAAGAAAUUAAAGAGUGUAAACUAUGA